AUGUUGAACUUCGAUUUGAUCAUAGCGAAUACUCAAUUAUCUGUCUUAUGCCUGUUCCCCGUUGCCGUUUUCGGCCUCUUCCUCAAUCUUUACCGCAAAGCCAUACUUGGAAGAUCAAACAGAAGAAAAGCUCAAUCUGGGAACGCAUAUGCUUCUCCUAUUGAAACCAUUGUAUACGAGCCUCAUGCCGCCCAGAACUCUCUUCGGGACUUGGUCGAAAUUGAUGGAGCUGGAACAUGGCCUCCUACAACAGUGUAUGGUGAUGCUUGGCCAGAGACUCUUCGACCAUUCCACGACAUCUAUCAAGCUAUGGCACCUGCUCUUUCAACUGCAGAACUUAGCGCUGAUGAUUUAAAGAACUUUCAGAGAUGCUUGGACUUCCGCGUGCAGAUGAGAACACUCUACAAUGAUCAAGUCAAUAUGGACGAGGUAAAGGCUCUGUUAGAUGCAGCUGAAAACGAUGAGAACUUUCUAUCGCGUGCAGCUUGGAAUGGUUUCUUCGCUUGUAUUGCAUUGUCUAGACACUCAUUCCGGUAAGUACCCCUCAUUGUUUGUCGUAAACAACGGAAUUUCGCUAACAUAACGAAGUUGGGGAACAAUUCCUAUAGUUAAGCUUGCCCAGGAAGAAAAAGUCAUCGACUUCCCAGCCUGUCUCGACCUUACCUGGCCAUAUCUCAAGGAGGCAAUGUCGCAAGUAACUAUCUCUGUAAUUUUGACGAUAAGGAUCAAAUUGUCUACCCUAUCAAUCCCACCAUGGACGAGCUCAUCCAAUCUGCUGAAUACCAUUUCGGUCAUGUCUUUCCUCACAUCGAAAGAGAAGCUCUCCCGAUCUAUCACAUGGUAACUAAAGCCAUCCAACAAUAUUAUAAUGGCGAUCGCUUUGGCACCUUGCAAUCGCUUAAAGGAAUCAACAAGGAGCUGCGCAUACCCUUAAAGACUGACUACGAAACCAUGCACGAAUCCAAGAUCUCACGAAAAGUCUGGAUGCACUACGCGCAAGGAUUCCAAGGUUGGGCUGCUGGUGAUAUCGACCCUACCACCGGAGAAUAUACUGAAUAUGACGGACUUUCCGGUAACCAAUUGCUGCUACCGCAAAUUAUGGAUGCUUUCUUGGGACUUGACAGGUACUUGAAUGAGGAGAACACACAACGCUACAUUCCAAACUUACAGCGCAAAUUCCGCGAAACAAUUGCUGAACAUAGCUUCCGCAAUGAGGCCAAGAAAAACGGAGACAAUGAUAUCGAGAACGAAAUGAACAACAUUGUCAAACAAAUGAGAGUUUUCAGAACAGCACGCAGAGUAAGGGUUAAGCCAUACUUGAGUGUACCAGCACCAGAGCGCAUGAUCAUGACAGCUGGAAAGUCUGUGCUAGAAAAGGAUGAUGUUCAUGAUUACGAGUCUGCUAUCGCACCUCUGGAUAAGAUGUUGAAGGAUAGACUGAUGGCGACGAAAUAG